AUGGCUGAAAAGUCAAUCUACCAAGUCAAUCAAGCCGAAAAGAUGUCGGCUCGUGAAAUAGACCACGGGCCAGAAGUCAUACCGGAUCAAUACUACCACCCCAAGACACCAAUAUCCCCCACAUACAACGUGGACGAGAACAAACACUACCCUCAGCAACCACAACAGCCUGUAAAUACAGAAAGGAGGAUAUGUGGUUUGCGGAGGACGAGUUUCUUUCUCUUUGUCGUCCUCGCAGCAGUCGUCAUCGCAGCAUCAGUGGGCGGAGGCGUUGGCGGCUCGUUGGCGGUUUUGCGCAUGAAAGAGCAAACCCAAGCAGAAGUACAAGCGAGUGCCGCUGCCAAAGCGACAGCGACGGAUUCGCCAGUGGCAUCGAGCACAGUAACGAGCGUCCCCGCGACGGUCACAAACACUCCGACGACGGGUUCGACGCAAACCACAGCAAACGCUGCCAGCAUUUCCAUCCCGACAACAGGUCUGGUGACGACAGGAGACCUACAGAUCAAUUGCCCGAAUUUGACGGGCAGGACGAUGUCUGUGACCGUGGGAGGAGUCAAGUCAAACUACGACACCGAGUGCAAUGUCGACUACACGGGUGACGAUGUCGAUGUCAUGGCAUUAGUAUCGUACACGCUGGACACCUGCAUCAUGGCUUGCUCCUCAUACAACAAGAAUAUCAACGGCACCAGCGAGAGGUGUAUCGGAGUGCAGUUCAACGGGGUGAUCGACAUCAUGACGAAGAAUUACGGCGGAAAUUGUUUUCUGAAGAAGAACACUGGCACGAAGGAAACGACAACCGAAACAUCAACAUCGAUUAUCAAGAAGUAUAAUAUGCAUUUAGCGGCUAUGCUGAGUUAA